AUGUCGUCCUUUGAUCCUGAUCGUUACAUGCUUGGCAAUGCCGGAGCGCGUCGCCUGGGGCUUUUACUUGGGCAGAGUGAUCCUGUAACGGGAAUCACAGAAAUCCAGCAACGCUAUCAAGUAAAGGUCGAAAACAUUGAGAACGUAUAUCCAUUACUCGAAUUAAGUGGCAUGUCAAGAUUCAAUAUUCAUGUAGGUAUUUUGGAAGCACUAAGGAACAAGUUUAUACAAGCUAUCGAAACAGAACAUUGGGAUCAUGACAAAUUCACCAAAUUCUUGUCAAAGUCCAUGGGGUACUUAUUUAUUAAAGAGUUUCGCCCCGUUGUUCUUGCACUUCUUAAGAAGUACCCUGAACGUGUAACAAAAGAUAUUUAUGAAAUGUUGGCACAAGAACCGAACAUUAUACAUGUAAUUAUCAAAAUAUGGACAAUCCAAAUUAGUUUAUAUGAACGCAACAAAAAAAUGUUCAAGGUAUCUAUUCAGGCACAAAUCGUUGGUUAUUUUAAAGACCAGGCUUUGGGUAUGCAGGCACGAGAAAUGAGGGGUUUGGAUGCAACUGCGGUCGGCAGCAUAAACACUUAUUUGACCGAAUAUAGGAAAUCUAGUUCUAGAGAAUUUUCGUAUGACAUCUUGGAUAUCGCAAUGAUAUUCCAGGACCCUAUCGUAUAUAAUGUUUUCUCCGCUCGUAUUGUCGAUGCUUUAAAAAAAUAUAUUUCUGAAUACUUUAAAAAGAAUACAGAUAAAACAUCUGAGGAAAAAAAUAUUCAAAAAAUCGUCACCGCAGCUUUAGCCAUAUUAUUGAAAGAAAAGGAAUCGACUGUUAGAUGGUUAUCUUCAAUGGUUACUUUUGGCAGUUAUGCGCAUAACAUGUUGAUCACCAAAAAUUAUAAUGUGCCAGAAGUGGAUGAAGACAUUUACGCUAUAUAUUAUAAAAAACUAUUAUAUUGGAUGUAUGAUGAUAAAAUAAGAGAACUAAAAACGCGUCAAGCAAUGGCACAUUUAAGCAUAGAUGACGAUCAAGAUGUGCCAAAUACCAUUAGCACAGUGCUCGCAUUUGGAGAUAUUGAGCUUCGUAUGUUGAAAAAAAUUGAUUUAGCAAGAAAGAGUGAUAUCAUAGCUUUACGACGUGCGCUAAAUUACUUCAAAAUGACUAUGCCAACAAAUGACUCAGAUACCUUACAUGUUGAAGUUUAUGAAUCCACGUUCCAGUCACUUAUUACGUUACUUAUCAAACAUCAUCGUAUUCGCAUACUUUCUUCUGAGAAAUGGCGAGGUGUCAUCAGAAUGUUAAUUACUACACCAUGGAAAUUAACAAUACAUGAAAUGGUGAUCAAACUUUUGAUAGAAUUUUAUAAUGAAGAUGUCAGUGCAACAUUAGAAAAUUCCGGUAGCGUGGAAAAACUGAAGCAACAGGAGAUAUGCCCUACUGUUUGGGAUUUAGGCAUCGAACAUGGCUCAGCAACAUCGCAUGAAGAUUCAAAUACGGUCCCAAUGGAAUUUUAA